CGCUAUCAACAAGGCUUUUAUAACAAUGGGUUGCUAUCGUUGCGCUUCCAUCUACGUCGCACCUUAAAACGGUUCCUGGAUGAUUGUCACAGCAGGGCUUGGUGGGAGUUUCGAGUGGUGACUGCCAGACUACCUGGGGUGUAGCGUGUGAGGAGGAAGGAGUGUGUGGUGGACUGGUGGAGUGACCCCCUACCUGGCUUCAGCAGCCCCCCUAUCUAUAUCUCUUUCUCUCUGGGUGGUGAGGCCCCUCAAGGCCCUUAAAUACAUUUUAAAAAGCCCAAACAUGGAGGACGUGGACAACAGGACUUCCCUGGUGAGGGGCGCCAAGGACCUGGCCAAGGAGGCCAAGCGCCACGCCACCAAGAAGGUCGGCAAGGUGGUGGACCGCGCCACGGACGAGUACGCCAUGCGCAACUACAGCCGCUUCCAGGACGAGGAGGAUGACGAGUACACGCAGCAUCACCAGGGCAACUACCACCACCACGCGGAGCGCCCGGCCAACGACGACGAGGGCUCCAGCGACGCCACCGAGGGCCACGACGACGAGGACGAGAUCUACGAGGGCGAGUACCAGGGCAUCCCCAAAGACGCCGGCGGCGCCGGUGGCAAGGGGGCUCGGGACGGGCACGUGGCCCUCGGGCAGCAGGUGUCGGACAGCGUGAAGGACCGGCGGGAGCUGGAGACGGAGAGGCAGGCGGACGAGGAGGAGCUGGCGCAGCAGUACGAGCUGAUCAUCCAGGAGUGCGGCCACGGCCGCUUCCAGUGGCAGCUCUUCUUCACGCUGGGCCUGGCGCUCAUGUCCGACGGCGUGGAGGUCUUCGUCGUGGGCUUCGUGCUGCCCAGCGCUGAGACGGACAUGUGCGUGCCCGACUCCAAGACCGGCUGGCUAGGCAGUGUGGUGUACCUGGGCAUGAUGGUGGGGGCCUUCUUCUGGGGGGGCAUGUCGGACAAGGUGGGCCGGCGGCAGUGCCUGCUCAUCUGCAUGUCCAUGAACGGCUUCUUCGCCUUCCUCUCCUCCUUCGUGCAGGGCUACGGCUUCUUCCUCUUCUGCCGCGUCAUCGCCGGCUUCGGGAUUGGUGGGGCAGUGCCCAUCGUGUUCUCCUACUUUGCGGAGACGCUGGCCAGGGAGAAGCGCGGCGAGCACCUGAGCUGGCUCUGCAUGUUCUGGAUGAUCGGGGAGAUCUACGCUUCCGCCAUGGCCUGGGCCAUCAUACCGCACUACGGCUGGAGCUUCAGCAUGGGUUCUGCAUACCAGUUCCAUAGCUGGAGGGUGUUUGUGGUGGUGUGCGCUCUGCCCUGCGUCUGUGCCGUUGUGGCCCUCACCUUCAUGCCCGAGAGCCCCCGCUUCUACCUGGAGGUGGGAAAGCACGACGAGGCUUGGAUGAUCCUCAAGCAGAUCCAUGACACAAACAUGCGAGCACGUGGACAGCCGGAGAAAGUCUUUACCGUCAAUAGAAUUAAAGUCCCCAAGCAGAUCGAUGAGUUUGUGGAAAUGGAGUCUGAAUCGGCAAAUGCUGUCUCUAAGACGAUCUUCAGAGUGAAGACGGAACUGCGUGGGAUUUGGGUGAACUUCCAGAAGUGUUUCAACUAUCCAGUGAAGGACAACACAGUGAAGCUAGCCAUUGUCUGGUUUACCUUGUCAUUUGGGUACUACGGCUUGUCUGUCUGGUUUCCUGACGUUAUCAAGCACUUGCAGGCGGAUGACUACGCCUCCAAAGUGAAGGUGCACACCAAUGAACGCAUUGAGGAUUUCACUUUCAACUUCACUCUGGAGAAUCAGAUUCACUCCAAUGGCUUAUUCGUUCGUGACAGUUUUGUGAACAUGAAAUUGAAGUCGGUCACGUUCGUUGAUUCUACGUUUCGUGACUGCCGUUUUGAGGACGUCACUUCGGUUGGCUCUUUCUUCAGAAACUGCACAUUUAUAGGAACUUCCUUCUUCAAUACAGACAUUGAUGACUCCAAGCUGGUAGGGGGAACGGAGGUCAUCAACAGCACCUUCUACCACAACAAGAUCGGCUGUCAGAUGACGUUCGACGACGACUACAGUGCCUACUGGGUUUACUUUGUCAACUUCCUGGGAACCCUGGCCGUGUUGCCAGGCAACAUAGUAUCCGCUCUUCUCAUGGACAAAAUAGGCCGCUUGUCUAUGUUAGGUUUCUCCAUGAUCCUGUCUGGGAUUAGCUGCUUCUUCCUGUGGUUCGGCACUAGUGAGUCCAUGAUGAUAGGCAUGCUCUGUCUCUAUAAUGGCCUGAGCAUAUCUGCCUGGAACUCACUGGAUGUGGUCACGGUGGAGCUGUAUCCUACUGACAGGAGAGGCACCGGUUUCGGCUUCUGCAACGCGCUGUGCAAGCUGGCGGCGGUGAUGGGCAACCUGAUCUUCGGCUCCCUGGUGGGCAUCACCAAGGCCAUCCCCAUCCUGCUGGCCUCCUCCGUACUGGUGGGAGGCGGCCUGGUGGGCCUACGCCUGCCCGACACCCGCAGCAACGUGCUCAUGUAGAAAAUCUCACCUACGUAACAGCGAUGGGGCAAAAUGGAUCCAUUAGCUUACACAAUCCAGUGCCACAUCUAUCUAACCUGUCAAAAAGGGACUUAAGAUGGAAAUUAGCCCUACGGCUAUAAUCGUGUAUAUUUUGCAUUUUUUUAUUUUAAAAA